AUACAAGACAGUGAGCAGCGGCUGGCAGAAUUGGUGUUGCUUUGGAUUUCCCGUCUGCCGGCGAGCGCUCUGAUGCUCGCAGCCUCCACCGGAGUUUUGUUAUUCUCCUCAGACAUUCGGUUGUUGUUUUUCUCGUCGGCUGCAAUGGAGUUUUGGGGGGUUGAAGUUCGGGCAGGGAAACCAACUCAAUGUUCUCCUGGUGAAGGAAUGUACUUGCACGUAUCCCAGGCCGCUCUCGGGGAAAGCAAGGCGAAGGGAGGGAAAGGAAGUGAAAGGGUUGUGUUGAAGGUGCAUGUUGAUGGCAGCGAUAUUGUGCUUGGAACUCUCGCAGAGGGGAGGUGCGAUCAGAUGCCUCUAGAUCUUGUGUUUGACAGUGACUUCAGUGUAUCGCACAGCAGUAGCUCUUCAAGCAUUUUCCUAUGCGGGUACCGAACGGAGGGUCCUAGAGAAUACGAUUCAGAAGAUGAGGAUGAAGAAGAAGACGAAGAAGAUGAAGAUGAGGAAGAUGCCGGUGUGCCAGUAGCAGUUCCUAUUAAGGCGAACGGGGCUGCAGCCGAGAUGCUCAGUAAGGUGACUGACAAAGCGGCGGCCGCUGUAGCAAACGCAAUUGCCAAGGGCAUUGAGAAGAAAGUUGUGAAGAAACAAGUAAUUCAGGAUGACUCUUCUGACGAGGAGGAUGAUUCUGAAGACUCAGAUGAUUCUGAUGAGGAUGACGGUAUGGGACAUCCGUUCGUGAGCGACCUAGCUUCCGAAUCCGAUGACGAGUUUGAUGCCGGUGAUGACGAUUCUGAUGAGGACAUGGAUGAGGAUGAUGAUGAUGAUGAUGAUGACGAGGAUGACGAGGACGAUGAAUCAGAGGAAGAAGAGUUGAAAAUUGAGACACCCAAGGCUGGGAAGAAAAGACCAGCUGCUGAACCUCUGAAGGUUGCCGACAAGAAGUCGAAGACAGAUUCUUCACCCCUGCAAGCAGCAGCCGCUAAGGGUACGAAGGGAGAGAAGCAGGUGACGCCCUCCAAAGAUGCUCCUAAAACUCCAACAGAUAAGGGAGCGAAAGCUAAGGCUCCGAAGGGCACUCCCACUGCCCCUCCGACAACACCAGUAUCCGAGAAGAAGUUUGGACAGUACAAGUGCACGGGCUGUGACAGGACGUUCACCACGGAGUCUGCUAUGAGUCAACACGUUGCUGCGAAGCACAAAGCUUAAUCUAGUGCGAUCAGCGUUUACAUUUUCUAUUUACUCGAAAGAACUGAAACUUCCCUGGAGCACUGUCUCGUGAUCUAAGGGUCUUUUUGUGGGUACAGAAAUAGAGUUUAUACGAUCUCAGUGUUUGAGCCUCACACCCAGGACGGAUAGACCCUUUGGUGAAACGCACCUACUUGAGAAUGCCUAUAUGAUUGAUGUGAGACAUAGACAGGGUGAAGUGGGUGUAGGUAGAGUUACCACUUGAGAAUUAUGGUAUAAUAUGGCUUUUGAAGAUUUGUAACGCUUCAAGCAUUGAAGCAGCCAUACACAUGCCGAGAGGUUUUUGUAGCAUUAACGAGCAUUUCGUUGAUUGUAUGUCAACUCUGUUAUUCCUCUUGAAAUUCAAUUACAUUCUGCCGUUUACCUUAGAAA